AUGAAGUUCCCCUUCAACCUGUCCAUUCUUCUCUCGGUUGCCUUCAUGGCAGCCCCCUCCAUGGCGAUGCCCAACUUGGGAAAGAUGCUGGCUCCCGGACCCAACGGUGGACCUUCGUUUCUCGAGAGGCGCCUGCUUUCGGCCGAUCCCCUGCACCUGAACAACCUGUUCACCGACCUCACCAACAAGGUUAAGGAGCUGCAAAACGCUACAGACAUUCCGAUUGUCAGCGACUUGCUCAACACCAAGAUCAGCGAGAUUACACCCGAAACGAUCUACGCGUCCUUUGGUGUUCGACGUGAUGGUGGACUUCUGCCGCCUGCCGAAGACUCGGCUCACCCUUACAUUGCUCCUGCCAAGGGUGCAAAGCGUGGACCUUGCCCUGGUCUCAACACGAUCGCCAACCACGGUUACCUUCCUCGCAACGGUAUUGUCAACCCCAUCGAACUACUGGUUGGUACGUUCAAUGGCCUCAACCUCAGCCCGGAUCUUGCUGCCAUCCUCGCUGCUAUCUCUUUCGUCGGUAUGGGCGACUUGCUGCAGCUGAAGCUCUCUAUCGGGGACGGCUACGGUCUCGGUGAUGGUUUGAACCACCACGGUAUCCUUGAAGGUGACGGUUCGGUUACACGCAAGGACCACUAUUGGGGUAACAGCUGGGACGCUGAUCCGACUCUGGUGGAAAAGUUCAUCAACGAAACAAACACCUACGGCAACGGCAACAUCAACAUUUGGUCGCUUGCCAACUCUCGUUACCGUGCUUGGGAGGAUGGACGCAACAACAACCCCGUCUUCGACUUCAACCCUUGGCGCAUGCUCGUCGCGUACGGUGAGAGUGGUUUCGUCCACGAGAACCUGCGCGGAUCGUUCGUCAAGUUUGACGAAGAGAUGAUUAGGAGCUGGUUCCUCAAGGAGCGAUUCCCUAAAGGUUGGAGCAAGCGAAUCGUCCCCAUGUCCACACCGGAGAUUCUGGCCUGGGCCGGUAUCGUUGCUAUCCCUAAGCCUGUCCUGCCUGGUUGGAGUGUCGGAAAAGGCGCUUUCAUUCCCCUCCCUACCACCGACGGCGCUUACAAGGAGCUCAAGUCUCUGUUCAACCCUAACACCACCGGUGCUACCCUCGGUGAACUGUUCUGCGAUGCGGGUAGUGCCGUGCUUAGCUUUGUCCCUUCGCAGAUCACCAAUCUCCUCGCCGAUAUUGGUAUCAAGGGUGUCGAUUCUUCCUUCAGCUGCUCUUCUCUUGCAGCGUAA